AUGAGUGCUAAUCCGUUUGAUCAACCAUUGAAUGAUGAAACUGCGGAUCAAGAAAGAGAGUUAUUAGAUGCCACUGCAAAGAUACUUUCUAUACCUACGUCAUCUUUAGAAUAUUGUACGUUAAGUGUCGAUGAAACUCUACGAAAGUUAGAAACAAAUGGGACCACAGGUUUACCAACAGUAGCGGAAGCUAGCCGUAGAAAACUAACUUACGGUCCUAAUGAGAUUGAGAUCGAAGAGGAUGAAAGUCUCUGGAAAAAGUUUCUCUCAAGUUUUGUUGAAGAUAGAUUGAUCUUACUUUUGAUUGGUUCCGCAGUUGUCUCAUUUUUUAUGGGUAAUAUUGAUGAUGCCAUUAGUAUUACUCUUGCCAUCUUCAUCGUUGUUUCUGUUGGGUUCAUUCAAGAAUAUAGAUCUGAAAAAUCUUUGGAGGCUUUAAAUAAAUUGGUGCCAGCAGAGUGCCAUUUAAUUAGAUGUGGACAAGAAUCUCAUGUUUUGGCCUCCAAUUUAGUUCCUGGUGAUUUAGUUCAUUUCCGUAUUGGUGAUAGAAUACCUGCCGACUUAAGAAUUAUUGAGGCAGUGGAUUUAUCUAUUGAUGAAAGUAACUUAACUGGUGAAUGUGAGCCUGUUCAUAAAUCAUCACAGGCAAUUAACAAGGAAAGUUUCAAUGAUCAACCAAAUUCCAUUAUCCCAAUAUCUGAUAGAACAAGUAUUGCAUAUAUGGGAACUUUAGUUAAAGAAGGUCAUGGUAAAGGUAUUGUUGUUGGUACUGGUAAAAACACAUCCUUUGGUGCGGUGUUUGAUAUGAUGAGUAAUAUCGAGAAACCAAAGACUCCAUUACAGUUAUCUAUGGAUAAGCUUGGUAAGGAUUUGUCAUUAUUUAGUUUUGGUGUUAUCGGUCUAAUCUGUUUUGUCGGUAUUCUUCAAGGAAGAUCAUGGUUAGAAAUGUUCCAAAUUUCGGUCUCCUUAGCUGUAGCAGCUAUUCCAGAAGGUUUACCAAUUAUUGUUACAGUUACUUUGGCACUUGGUGUUUUAAGAAUGGCUAAACGUAAAGCUAUUGUGCGAAGACUACCAAGUGUGGAAACUCUUGGUUCCGUCAACGUUAUUUGUUCAGAUAAAACAGGUACAUUAACUUCCAAUCAUAUGACAGCUUCAAAAAUAUGGUGUUUAGGUAGUAUGGAUAAUAAAUCAAAUGUAUUGUCCUUGGAUAAAGGAAAAAACAGUAACCUGAAAAAUUAUUUGACUGACGAUGUAAGGGAAACUUUAAUUAUUGGUAAUAUGUGUAAUAAUGCAUCCUUCUCUGCAGAACAUGGUAAUUAUUUAGGUAAUCCAACAGAUAUUGCAUUAUUGGAACAAUUGCCUAAAUUUAAUAUGAAAGAUAUUAGACACACGGUCAAGAAAGUUCAGGAAAUUCCAUUCAAUUCCAAAAGAAAGUUUAUGGCCACUAAAGUUGUUAAUCCUGACGGUGUUUACACGUUAUAUGUUAAAGGUGCUUUUGAAAAAAUGUUAGGCCAUUGUAGUCAUUAUUUGAAUGAAAAGGGUAAAAAUGAAAAAUUAACUGCUACUCAAAGGGAAACCAUUAUUGAAGCUGCUAAUGCUCUAGCAUCUGAAGGGUUACGUACUUUAGCAUUUGCAAAACAAUUAUUACCUGAUUCUCCAACGUUGCUUACUGAAGAUUCCAUUGAUGAUUUAAUUUUUACUGGUUUAAUCGGUAUGAAUGAUCCUCCAAGAACUACUGUUAAACCUGCCAUUGAGCAAUUGUUACAAGGUGGUGUUCAUGUUAUUAUGAUUACUGGUGAUUCUGAAAAUACGGCGGUUAAUAUUGCAAGACAAAUUGGUAUUCCAGUUAUCGAUCCUAAGUUAUCAGUGUUAUCAGGUGAUAGGUUGAAUGAAAUGACUGAAGAUCAAUUAGCUAAUGUUAUUGAUCAUGUUAAUAUUUUUGCUCGUGCUACACCUGAGCAUAAAUUAAAUAUUGUUAAAGCUCUUAGAAAGAGAGGAGAUGUUGUUGCUAUGACAGGUGAUGGUGUUAAUGAUGCGCCAGCUUUAAAAUUAGCUGACAUAGGUGUUUCUAUGGGUAGGAUGGGUACAGAUGUUGCCAAAGAAGCUUCCGAUAUGGUUUUAACUGAUGAUGAUUUUAGUACUAUUUUGACAGCUAUUGAAGAAGGUAAAGGUAUUUUCAACAAUAUUCAAAAUUUCUUAACAUUCCAAUUAUCUACAAGUAUUGCUGCAUUGUCAUUGAUUGCCUUAUCCACAGCUUUUAAAUUACCUAACCCAUUAAAUGCCAUGCAAAUUUUAUGGAUUAAUAUUUUAAUGGACGGACCACCAGCUCAAUCAUUAGGUGUAGAGCCUGUAGAUCAUGAAGUUAUGAAAAGGCCACCAAGAAAACGUUCAGAUAAGAUUUUAACAUCAAGUGUAUUGAAAAGAUUAGUUGGUACUGCCACAUGUAUUAUUUUAGGGACAGUGUAUAUUUUUGUUAAGGAAAUGGCUGAAGAUGGAGUUGUUACUGCGAGAGACACUACAAUGACUUUUACAUGUUUUGUCUUUUUCGAUAUGUUUAAUGCUUUAGCAUGUAGACAUAACACAAAAUCAAUUUUUGAAGUUGGCUUUUUCGUUAAUAAGAUGUUUAACCUUGCUGUGGGUCUUUCGUUAUUAGGUCAAAUGUGUGCAAUUUAUAUUCCAUUUUUCCAAAGCGUUUUCAAGACUGAAAGUUUAAGUUUGGGUGAUUUAUUGUUUUUGCUAUUAAUUAGUAGUAGUGUUUUCAUUUUUGAUGAAAUAAGAAAAUACUGGAUAAGAAGAAAUGAUACAGAUGAUGCAUUAUAUUACUCAAUAGUCUGA